AUACAUUCAGAGGGAAAAGUCGCGUCAACAACGCGUCAUAUUACGUAACAGGAGGGAGUUGUUCGUGCCUCAGAGCCAUGCGUGGUUGGUGGUUGUAAAUGUGGUCUUUAGUAAGUGAAUUGAUAUUUUUUCUUGUAGUUUCACGUUGAAUUUCACCAUGGUGAAAUACUGUGUGUGUGCGGGUUGUGCAAACUGCAGCCUGACCGGACACCGGGUCCACUGUUUCCCUAACGGGAAGAACGGAGCUGCCUUUCGUGCCUGGGUGCGUUUUGUGCAGACGAAGAAGGCGGACUUCAACACUGCAUGUGUAACGAAAGACACGGUGGUGUGCGGCGCUCAUUUUACACAGGAAGAUUAUAAUACAGGAGACAUGAUGGAGUUCAGGAUGGGAUUUCGUUGUCAGGACCGUGUGAGGCUGAAAGCUGAUGCGGUUCCUUCAAUACACGCAGACGCUUUCUCAGCUCCGCCAACAACAACAGCCGGCGGAAGUGAUGUUAUCCAGGGGUGGGUCCGGGAGUCCGAGUCUGUCCGGGAGUCCGAGUCCGUCCGGGAGUCCGCUCGACGGGAACUGUGCGCCCUACGAGCCGACACCCCAACAAUUGUAAAAGUGGAAAACUGUGAAGAAAUACGUUCAGGAACUCCUGAACAAACUGUAAAGAAGCUACAGCUACUUAAACACAGUUCACCAAAUGAAGUUAACCAGGAAACUUGCGCUGCUCCUUCUGUCCAGUCAUCUGAAAAUGGAAAGGAGUCAGGGAAAAUAGAUGUUGCCCGUCAAAGACUGAAAAGUGAAGACGAGCGAACAACCAACCAGUCAGAAAAUAAAGAAAAUAGAGAUAUUCAAGAAGAUGAAGAAUUCAUCACCUCGUUAAGUGUGGGAGACGGACGCUACCUGGUGGAUCUGGGGAGCUCGUCAGAGUUCAUCGUUGAUGAAGAGUGCAUCCUUCAGCUGUUCAAGUCAUGCCGGGAAUGCAACAGACAGUGCAAAGUUAGAAAACGAGUCAAAGGACUAAAGCUCGUGAUAAACCAGGCGUGCUGUUUCUGUCAAAGCCGCUCUAAUGGACUAACCUGUCAGACGACGACAACGACGACGAUUUCCAGAUGAAUGGAAAAGAUACAGCACAUGUUCAGACUAACUCUGCAAAGCCGUGAUGCAAGUUGAGUGUCAUGUGACAGUUGUUGUACCAAGAUUACCUUGAACCAGGAAUAUGUUAGUUUUUUUCUUUCUCAACCUGUAACACAGUGAACUGAACUGCUGGACUGUCACUUCCCUGUGAUCAACUCCCCUUUAUGUUUUUACCAUUAUUUCCUCAAUGAACCAUCUAAUGCAAGUAAGAGGGUGGAUGCCUCAGCUUGCUGCAUCUGUCUGAUAAUAAAUAACCAAAAAAUUAAAUGAUCAUUUAAAAAAAUUAAUGAAACUAAAAAGAAGAAAUAAGGGCAUUAAAAGAUACAUCAUUUAAAACAAA